CGUGCGCGCGGUGCUGCAGCCGCCACCGUGGGCGCCCCAGACGCGCGCCUCCCCGGCCCGGGCGCCUGCCCACGAGGCUCGGCGGCAUGCGCUGCGCGCGGAGGAGCUGACGGCGUGCCCGCCGGCCCUGCCCCUCACCAUGCUGCGCUCGGCGCCGCCCGGCCGCUACCUGUACCCAGAGGUGAGCCCGCUGUCGGAGGACGAGGACCAGGGCAGCGAGAGCUCGGGCUCCGACGAGAAGCCCUGCCGCGUGCACGCCGCGCGCUGCGGCCUCCAGGGAGCCCGGAGAAGGGCCGGGGGGCGCAGGACGGGGGGCGGCCCGGGCCCCGGAGGACGGCCCGGCCGGGAGCCCCGGCAGAGGCACACGGCAAACGCGCGCGAGCGGGACCGCACCAAUAGCGUGAACACGGCCUUCACGGCGCUCCGCACCCUUAUCCCCACCGAGCCGGCCGACCGCAAGCUCUCCAAGAUCGAGACGCUGCGCCUGGCCUCCAGCUACAUCUCGCACCUGGGCAACGUGCUGCUGGUGGGCGAGGCCUGCGGCGACGGGCAGCCCUGCCACUCGGGGCCCGCCUUCUUCCACGCCGCGCGGGCUGGCAGCCCUCCACCGCCCCUGCCGCCCCCGGCCCGCGACGCGGAGAAUGCCCAGCCCAAGCAGAUCUGCACCUUCUGCCUCAGCAACCAGAGGAAGUUGAGCAAGGACCGGGACAGAAAGACGGCCAUCCGGAGCUAGAGGCUGAAGCCACCGGGCGACCCGGAGAGCCCCAGGGACCUGACUCGGGCACAGGCCUCCUGUGCGGGCACCCACAGGCCUGCUCCGCCUCCGGCUGCGAGUGGGGCCCAUGGAGAGGCAGGUGGCGACGGGACUCUGAGCUGGCCACAGCACUGCCCAGGCCAUUGGAACUGUCCACGCUGGCUUCCUCCCUGGGUUUUCUUUGGUCACUACAUGUUGGCAUCUUGUGUCUUUGAUAUGAUAAUAUAAAGUCUGAAAAUUUUGUAUAAUUAAAAACAAAACAGUAUCUUCCAAAGUGGGAGCCCACUUCCUCUCAAAGGGUCCAGCG